AUGGCAACAAAAUAUGACACUGAACUAUCACCACCAGUAAUCGUCAAUACAUCUAAUUUGUCUGCUAUUCAAAAAGAUUUGUUAAAUAGCUAUCUUACUGCAAAUGAUAUCUGCACUAUGUUCGAUGAAUUUCUCGUUCAAUUUGAACGAAUGGAAAAAACUGGUGUAACAACAGUAAAAAUGUUUCUAGAUGCUGUAGAAGAAAUAACCACUGCUGUUCUAUCUAUUUUACCAUAUAAAUUACUUGAUCCGAAAGUUCUUUCUCAUGAACUUAUGGAUUUUCUACGUCAAAUGAUUAUUGAUUUGUUACAUAAUUGGCAGGCAUUUGAAAUGCGCCUAAAUAUUCAAGAAACAGAUAUAUUUCUUAAGAUUAUACUUGUCUUUGUUCACGCUGCUGAAGAAGUAUCUUCAACUAAUUCUGAUGAAGAUCGACAAAGAAUAACACAUCUAUUAGCAACGAAAACCAUUCUCAGUUUAAUACGUGAACAAAUUCUCGACAAUAAUCUACAUAAAAAAGGGAUGAAUGAUGAUCCAAAUAUAUGUGCGUUGGGUUUGUUAACAAUAAAAUUGUUGAAAGGAUGUCCAUUCUUUUAUAGUAUGGAGCAGAAUGCAUGUUUGAUUGAAACUUUGAUAUUGAAUUGUAUUGAUUCAUAUGAUUAUAUAGCAUCACUGCGUCAACUACUACUGGGUGAAUCACUUAAUGAUAUCGAUCGUUUUCUACUAUACACUUGUUGGGAAUAUGUACCUUUUGUCGCGCUAACUUCUUCACAAGGUCUGGACAACACAUCAAAAAAUACUAAAUUAAUUAAUAAUGCUUAUGAUGAAUUUUUGAUACGAUUUGAACAUGCUCUGGAUCAAUCACUACCCAUUACAGCUGCUGGUCUUUCUUAUAUCUUGGAACGAUGUGAACAACUUCUCAACAUUCAAAAGCUUUCUUCUUUAAAUCAACAUGCACAAAAUAUUAUCGAUCGGUUAGUUAAAAUUUUAGAAAAUCUAUCAUCAGCUAGUCCAAAUAAUGGUGAUGACGAACUAAUUAGUAUUAGUUUAAAAACAUUCUACAAUUUAUCGAAAAAUCCAGAAAUUCGUGCAAUAAUGAAAAAACGUCAUUUAACAUUUGUCUUGAAUAAAUAUACCGCUAUCGAAAUGGAUGAAAAUCGAAAAAUAGCAUUUGAUAUUCUUGCAGAAAUUAUGGAUGAACAAGAAAUUAAAAAUAAUCCAAGUGAAAUAACUUCUGCUUUUAUUUAUCAACUCAAACAAAUUAAUCUAAACGAAUACAAUUCUAAUCUUGACAAUACAUUGUCAAGUCUCAAAGCACUGAUGCAACAUGACCAGAUUAAAAAUGAAUUCAUUAAACAAGGUGGCCUGGACAAAGUCAUAUCUUUUAUUCGUGACAGCGAUCCAGAUAAAUUAUCUGAUAAACAAACACACGAUGCUCUCAGAAUACUUUGGUCAUGUACAUUUAACAAUCCUGAAGCAUUGAACAAACUACAAAAAGAUCAAAAAUUGAUGACUCGUGUCAAUCAAUUAUUUGAAAAAUCAAAGAAAAAUGAAAAUGAUACAUUAAAAAAUGCAGCUGAAGGACUCAUUUGGAAAGUAGAAAAGGAAGAAAAGUUUUUACAAGAGUUAGCUGCUGAGAAAGAAAAGAAAAAACAAAAAGCUCAAGAAACUGGCACAGAAGAAGAAGAGGAAGAAGAAAAAGAAAAAUAUGAUUGUAUGAUAUCUUAUUCAUGGACUGAUAUGGAUUUAGCUCAUCGUAUCUUUAAACAAUUAACUCAAAAUCUUGGUUACAAAGUUUGGCUUGAUCAAGAAGAAAUGCACGGAUCAACGAUCGAAGCAAUGGCAAAUGCAGUUGAAAGUGCUGAAUUUAUUCUGGUAUGUAUGUCUGACACAUAUAAACGAAGUGUGAACUGUCAAUCCGAAGCUGAAUAUGCAUUUAAUCGUAAAAAGCAUAUAAUUCCUAUUAAAAUGAAAAAAGAUUUUGUAGCUGAUGGAUGGCUAGGAUUUAUAAUAGGUACACGAAUGUAUAUCGAUUUUGGACAACAUGAGUUCGAUAAAGCAAUUCAAUUACUUGAUAAUGAAAUACGAUUACAAAAGAAAAAGCGUAAAGAAGCUAAAGAAAUGGCUAAAAUGGCAAUAGAAGCAGCUGCAGCUAGUGAAUGUAACGAUGAUGCUCAAGAAAAUGUAUUGAAUCGUCAAAAUGCACCCAAUAUAAAAAGAAUGUCAAUACUUUGUGACGGAUUUAAGGGUGAAGAAUUAUUUAAUCUUUACACAAUGUGUAAGACAAACUCCAUAUUAAUGUAUCGUUCAUUAAAAUUUGAACUACUGCAUGGUUGUAAUAGAAUCUUACCCAUAUAUACUUAUCUUCGUUUUAUGAGUUGUAUGCGCGCUGUUUGCGAUGAUGGGUCGAUACCAAGUACACAAACUAUGAAGAAAUCUCAUGAAUAUCAUCUAUUUGAUGAUGAAUAA